UAAGGACUUUAAUCGGAAGCUGGCCCUGAAAUGGCACCCGGAUAAAAAUCUGGAUAAUGCCGCAGAAGCAGCUGAACAAUUUAAAUUAAUUCAAGCAGCAUAUGAUGUGUUGAGUGACCCUCAGGAAAGAGCAUGGUAUGAUAAUCAUAGAGAGGCCUUACUUAAAGGAGGGCUUGAUGGAGAAUACCAAGAUGACAGCUUAGAUUUGCUUCACUAUUUCACUGUUACCUGUUAUUCUGGUUAUGGAGACGAUGAAAAGGGUUUUUACACAGUGUAUCGUAGUGUUUUUGAAAUGAUUGCAAAGGAAGAACUGGAAUCUGUGUUAGAGGAGGAUGUUGAGGAUUUCCCAACUUUUGGAGACUCCCAGAGUGACUAUGAUAAGGUAGUCCACCCUUUCUACGCUUAUUGGCAGAGUUUCUGCACCCAAAAGAAUUUUGCUUGGAAGGAAGAAUAUGAUACACGGCAAGCUUCAAACCGCUGGGAAAAACGAGCCAUGGAAAAAGAAAACAAAAAGAUUCGAGACAAAGCAAGGAAAGAGAAGAAUGAGCUUGUUCGGCAGCUGGUAGCUUUCAUCCGGAAAAGAGAUAAAAGAGUGCAGGCACAUCGGAAGCUUGUAGAGGAACAGAAUGCAGAGAAGGCGAGGAAGGCUGAGGAGAUGAGACGGCAACAGAAACUAAAGCAGGCAAAACUGGCAGAACAGUACAGAGAACAGAGCUGGAUGACCAUGGCCGAUUUGGAGAAGGAACUCCGGGAGAUGGAAGCACGAUAUGAAAAGGAGUUUGGAGAUGGAUCAGAUGAUAAUGAAAUGGAGCAGCAUGAGCUUAAAGAUGGACAAGAUGGUAAAGAUAGUGAUGAGGCGGAGGAUACUGAGCUUUAUGAUGACCUUUACUGCCCAGCAUGUGACAAAUCUUUCAAGACAGAAAAGGCCAUGAAGAAUCAUGAAAAGUCAAAGAAGCAUCGGGAAAUGGUUGCCUUGUUAAAACAACAAUUGGAGGAAGAAGAAGAAAAUUUUUCAGGAUCUCAUAUAGAUGAAAAUCUAUUGAAUGCCAAUUCCGAGGAAGAAAUAGAAGACACAACAAAGCAAAAGCUUUCUAAAAAACAGAAGAAAAAGAAACAAAAACCGGCACAGAAUUAUGAUGACAAUUGUAAUGAAAAUGGACCUGGAGAAGGAAUAAAGGUUGAUCCAGAAAAUAUCAACUUAAAUCAAGACAGUGCCAAAAAAUUAGAAGAUAGUCCCCAAGAAAAUGUCAAUGUCACAGAGACCAUUGAACCUUGUGAUGAUCCAAAAAGUGAAGCUAAAAGUGUUCCUAAGCCCAAAGGAAAGAAAACCAAAGAUGUGAAAAAAACUGUCAAAAUACCUGCUGAACCACAAAUACUGAGUGAUAUUCUUAUCAGCUGUACAACCUGCCAUAGUGAAUUUCCAUCCCGGAAUAAACUUUUUGACCAUCUGAAAGCUACCGGUCAUGCAAGAGCACCUCCAUCUUCAUCUUUAACCAGUGUAACAAGUAGUCGAAGCAAGAAAGAGAAACGUAAAAACAGAUAGAAAUUCUGCCAACACACUUUUUUUUAAAACUGUCUCUAAAUUUUGAAACCAAAAACUGAACUGAAAUCAUCUAAAGAGUUAAAAUUUCAGUGAUCUGCAAUUUAUUGCAUUGUGGAAGAUUAUUUUUUAUCUUAUAAAGACAUUUUUUUGUUUAAUAUAUAUAUUUUUAAACAUUUCACUAGUGAUUGAAUUCUACUUUUGCCGUCUGAAUUGACUUGAAUGUCUCAAAACAGGUAAAUAUUGUAAAGUGUGUACCUUGAUUUCUCACGUGAACAGAGAUGUACAGGGAGAAUUAAAUUAUUUUAACACAAA